AAAUGAAGAGGAGGAAGAAAAAGAACAGCCUGAAGUGAAGAAAGAGCCACUGUCACUGGAGGAACUUCUGGCAAAGAAGAAGGCGGAGGAGGAGGCCAAGAGCAAGCCCAAGUUUCUCACAAAGGAGGAAAGAGUAGCAGAGGCAUUGAGGAAGCGACAAGAGGCGGUGGCGGAGCAGCGCCGCCAGCAGGAGGAGGAGCGUCAGAAGCGUCAGGAGUUUGCUGCCGAGGGUCAGCGGAGUAUGGAUCAGCAGCGACGUCAGGAGCGACAGGAUGUGUACCGCCGGCCGCCGAGACCCGAUCGUGGGGACAGAGACCGGCGUGCGGGACAGAGCGGGGGCGGUGAGGUCAGCAAAGACAAACAACGGGAGGAGGAAGCCAUUCGAGAGCGUUAUCUUGGUAUCGUCAAACGCAAGCGGCGUGUGCGGCGCCUCAACGACAGAAAGUUCGUCUUUGACUGGGAUGCCGGAGAGGAUACGUCGACGGAUUACAACGCGCUGUACAAGGAGAAACAUCAGAUCCAGCUGUUCGGUCGUGGCCACAUUGCCGGUAUCGACAUCAAAACACAGAAGAAGGAGAACAGCCAGUUCUAUGGGGAGCUGAUGGAGACGCGACGAACCAUGGCAGAGAAGGACCAGGAGGAGGAGAGAUUGAAGAAGCUGAAGCGCCGGGAGGAGAAGCAGCGCUGGGAUGACCGUCACUGGUCAGACAAAGAGCUGGAGAAAAUGACCGAGAGGGACUGGCGCAUCUUCAGAGAGGACUACAACAUUAGCAUCAAGGGCGGCAAAGUGCCGAACCCGAUCAGAAAGUGGAAGGAGAGCGGCAUCAGCCGUGACAUUCUGGAGAUUAUCGACAAGGUCGGGUAUCGGGAGCCGACUCCCAUCCAGCGCCAGGCCAUCCCCAUCGGACUCCAGAACAGGGAUAUCAUCGGUGUGGCUGAGACCGGCUCCGGUAAAACUCUGGCCUUCCUCAUCCCACUACUGGUCUGGAUCAGGAGCCUGCCCAAGAUGACACUCAUCGAGGAUCAGGAUCAGGGUCCGUACGCCAUCAUUAUGGCGCCAACCCGCGAGUUGGCCCAACAGAUCGAGGAGGAGUCCAACAAGUUUGGGUCGCCACUGGGAAUACGGACGGUGGCCGUCAUAGGCGGUCUCAGCAGGGAAGACCAGGGUUUCAAGCUGCGGCUGGGCUGUGAGAUCGUCAUCGCCACGCCCGGUCGACUGAUUGACGUACUCGAGAACCGCUACCUCGUGCUGUCGCGAUGCGUCUAUAUCGUACUCGACGAGGCUGAUCGGAUGAUUGACAUGGGCUUCGAGCCAGAGGUCCAGAAAAUCCUCGAGCACAUGCCCGUAUCGAACGCCAAGCCUGACACGGAUCAGGCAGAGGAUGAGGAUCAUCUGCUGGAGAACUUCAAGUCGAAGCACCGCUACCGUCAGACUGUGAUGUUCACGGCUACGAUGCCGCCGUCGGUGGAGCGAUUGGCCAGAAACUACCUGCGCCGGCCGGCGGUGGUCUACAUCGGCGGCGGCAGCAAGCCGGCCGAGCGGGUCGAACAAAUCGUCUACCUGGUCACCGAGGCGCAGAAGAGGACCAAGCUGAUGGCCCUGCUGCAGAAGGGCGUGGAGCCCCCAGUCAUCAUCUUCGUCAAUCAGAAGAAGGGAGCUGACGUGCUGGCCCGCGGUCUGGAGAAGCUGGGCUACAACGCCGCCACACUCCACGGAGGAAAAGGACAGGAGCAGCGAGAGUUUGCGCUGGGCAGUCUCAAGGCGGGUAGCAAGGACAUCCUGGUGGCCACUGACGUUGCCGGCCGAGGUAUCGACAUCAAGGACGUCAGCAUGGUUAUCAACUACGACAUGACCAAGACCAUCGAGGCUUACACGCACAGGAUCGGUCGUACAGGUCGUGCCGGUAAGAACGGUGUGGCGGUGACGUUCAUAACACAGGAAGACUCAGCCGUGUUCUACGACCUCAAGCAGCUGCUAGUGUCAUCACCCAUCAGCCAAUGCCCGGCAGACUUGGCCAACCACCCUGACGCACAGCAUAAGCCCGGAACGGUGAUGAACAAAAAGCGGAAGGAGGAGAAGAUUUAUGUGUAGGCGAGGACGAAGGAAGGGGGUUGGGAGCGAGCAAGAGUUUUUGAAGUGGAAUGUCGAGGGGGUGAGAGAAUGUUGAGCUCCGGGAGGGCAAUAGGAAGGAAGAUGGUUUGAAGUUUGCCGAGUGAAAGUGAAGAACGAUGACUUUUUGUACGAGGCGACAAAUAAAAUGCUUUUGUUUGAUUGUGACAUCCAUGAGUGUAAACCCUCUCGUUCAUGUCAUCAUGAAGACUGGUGUUCUCGAAUCGCCCAUCCAACACUAAUUAAUGGUGGUGAGAUAACCGCAGCUCUCACACUAUCGAUGGAAGAAGCACGGCUUUUUUGGCGCGCAUUUUCUUAGACGGUGGCCGUUGUCAACCAAUAAUGGAGACAUAAGCCCCAGAGCUAGAUCCUAGCCACUGCCGAGAAUGGGUCGGCAGGAAGGUAUUUUGUGUUGGAGGGGAGGAAGGUGCUGCGCAUUGUAGUGGAGGCCGACAAUGUAAAUAACCAUGAUGUGUUGAUUGUAUGAAAUACGACAUUUUGUACAAACGAUCUAUAUUAUGAAUUAUAAGUUGUCUGUACGAUCUCCAUCCAUCCGUGUGUCAUGACUUAUGUGUCUUAAUGCGCCGGAACGGCGCCGCGUAUCGACGUGAAAUUUGGCAUGCCGAAUCUGUGGGCGUGGGCGGCCUUUGUAUUAAAAUUUGGGCGUGAUCGGACCAGGGGUGCGCCGUCGGCACGUGCAAAAGGGCGCUCUCAUAGGGAUAGCAUGGUGUCGGCUAGAGCGGCGGUCGGCCGAAAAUCGGGCCGACACGACUCGCUUUCCGGCUUGAUAUCUCGGCAAUGGGUGGACGCAGCGAAAAGCGGUUGCCACCAAUGGAUAGAGGAGAGAUGGAACUAGCGUAUUGAUAUGAAUUUAUAGCAUAGCACGCGACACGUGCAAGGUAAAAUAUCCGGUUGUGAAAAAAUGACCGAUUUCGUGCAUUGUGACGGGAAAAUCGAUGCCGCUGGAAAACGGUUUGACCGAAUGAAAUCGGUGUUGUAUCAUUUUACAAACAAAUGUACGUGUUAUGAUAGGAAAUCAAAUAAAAAUUGAUGAUCCCUA